GUUUGGAGCUCAAUAGGUCGACCGGUUGAGCAGUGGUCAGCUACAAGAGUUGAAAAGUCAUAUCAUGUCGAAACAAACAAGUUCCGGGAAAAUACUCAUAAAUGAAGAUGGGAAGCAUCAAGAUGUGGAUGAGCUGAAUCCUUUUUCCUUCAAGGAAUUCAUGCGAAGCAAGAACCAGUCCUCCAUCCCUCAUAACGAUGGAGAAGGGGAAAAGAGCUACGUCACACUGAAGAAGACUUGUGAUAGUACAUUUGUGGCAGAGGACUGCUCCUCUCCUAUGAGCUUUGACCUUGACUUCCAGAAGCCAUUUAUAAUGGAUCCUGCACUAUUCCCCCAAUCCCUGGACAAUGACACAGAAGAGAAAUGGAGUGGGAGCUAUCAGCCCUCAGCCGUAGAGAAAGCACAUGAGUUUGAAUUAUAUGGGACAUUGGACAACAGUGAACUCACUAAUCUAUCAUCUGUAUCCACUAAGGAAGAGAAGUUAACAGGUGCUUUGUGGCAGCUGGAUAGAGAGAAAGUCUGUCAGCCCAAGAGAAAUGCAAGGAGCAAUGAUGAAGACUGGGAGACCUCAAGCACAGACGUAUUGUACCAGACCACCCAAUGCAGCUUUAAAAAUGAGAGCAGGGACCAACGAAAGCUCAUAGAAGAAAAUGCACAGCUCAGGAAUCACAUUAUUGAGCUUCUGAAGAAGUCUGAGAGUGAUGAUCAAAGGAUCAGACAUCUGAAAGAAGAGUUGCACAAGCGAAGCAUGCAGGAGGUAAAAGAGGUGCAGACAUUGGAGACUAUGGUGCAGUCUGUGGAGCAGAACCUACAGCUGAUGACGAAGCGAGCAGUUAAGGCUGAAAACAUUGUUUCAAAACUUAAACAGGAGGCUCAUCAGCUACAGGACCAGCUGGAAGAGUGCAGAAGUGAAAAUGAGAGACUUCGUGCUGCAGAGACAGCUACUUUGAAUGCAGUGAAACAAAAUGCACAGGUUGCUUCAGAGUAUCUAAACAGAGUUGCCAACAGUGCAAAGUCUUCUGUCAGACAAUUGUUGACAGAAACGGAGACACUCUGUCUAAUCUCUCAGAUGCUGUUUUCCAUUGAUAAGAUCUCCGAGGUGCACACUGAGCAUCGGUGAUUUCAGCAAAAUCUAAUGGUAUGGUAAUGGAGUCAGAUAAUGGUGCUUGUCCUUUGCUCCCUCUUGGAUGCAGAGGUUGUCACAGUGGGAUGAGCAUCAUGUUCAGUUGGCACUUACAAAUGGUUGUAAAUAGAAAUUAUGAUUUCCAAUAGAAAGGAGAGAAUAAAUGUUUUAACCAUUUGGAAUGAAACAGUAGUUGUCUAUCCACUUCUUUGUAUUAAGAUGUUUAAUUACUAAGUUCUAAGCUAGAGUUAACUUAUGUUCUUUGUGUCUCUUGCCUUUUUAUUAACACACAGCAUGACCAAAACUCUGUGUCAAGGGUAGUGGUCUGUUUACUGUUUUCUACAUUUGCAAUCAAAGUACAAUAACAUUGUAUACACUGUUUGAUUACCUGCUAUUGAAGAGUUGAGGACCUCUGUAUGUCAAUAAUUGGACAUUGUGGUCAUUUACAAUCAAUCAAAGCAAUCAUAGUUUUUAUUUGAUGCAAUGCAUAUUUACAAUUGACGUUGUCACAAAGUGCUCCACAUAUAGCAUAGCAUAUUUUAAAAUUACAGGAAUUAAAAACUGUAAAUCCAGGGCCAUUGGCAAAAAUGAGAUACUGUUGGGAUAUUACUGGGAUAUUAUUUCCUGACCCUGUGAAAAGGUGGGCGAGAGACAUAGUUUUAAACCCAGUUUUCAGUCUCUGUAGGUCUUUUGCUUCAUUUUG